AUGUUUGUUUCUACACGGACUGGUGACCCUCUUUGUGCACAAAACAAGGUUGCAAUCAUGUUUAAUCUAUUUGGAUUUCGCAAGGACUCAAAGAAAUCGCCAUCAGACAAGGAAGUGGACGGCGGUUUUGUUAUCGUGGGAGAGACGGUAGAAGAGCAGAGGCAGAAGAUGCAGACCAUGAACAUCAGACAUCCGUCCACUAAUGUCAUUGUUCAGCCUUCCAAGUCGUCCCGCCCACUCCCUCUUCAUUCGGUGGACCCCAAGAUCCCCGUGGCCUUCUCCUGCGCUGGGCCUUCUGCUGGACCCCCCUCAGCCUCUGCAGGCGUGGGCACAGACCUCACCUCGGCCCUCCCUGACUUCCUCGGGGACAUCCCCUUCACUCUGGCUCCUCACGUUCUCGCCAUGCAGGCAGGAUUCCCCCUCAUCCCAGACGUGCUGCUAUCCCGGGACAUGAACUACAACCUGGCCAGCUUUCAGUACGACUUUACUCUGGAGAACUCUGUAAUUCACAACAUGUAG